AUGUGUAGAUUUUUGAUCUUUAAAGGGAAGGAACCAAUACGGCUAUCCCAUCUACUUACGAGGCCAGCUCAUUCAAUUAUAAAUCAGUCAUACGACAGUCGAUUACGUUUAGAUAGAAGGCGUCCCAUGAAUGGGGACGGUUUUGGUGUUGCAUAUUAUCCAUUAGAUGUAGAAUUAGACAAAGAUGGACCAUGCAUUUUUAAAGCUAUUACUCCAGCUUGGAAUAAUCAAAAUUUGUCCACAUUAGCAGAAAAAACAAAAUCAGACUUAAUAUUUGCUCAUGUCCGUGCUUCUACAUAUGGUGUUUUAUCAGAGACAAAUUGUCAUCCAUUCACUUAUCACAAUUUAUGUUUUAUGCAUAAUGGUGGAAUAUCUAAUUUCCAAAAAAUUAAAAGGAAAUUAUUAAAUCAUAUUGAUGAUGAUUAUUUAAAUUUUCUACAAGGUAGUACCGACUCAGAAUGUGCUUUUGCACUGUUUCUAGAUACAUUAGAAAAAUUAGGAGCCAAUCCAAAAGAUAAAGAAGGUCAAUUUGGUCAUACUAUAUUAAGACAAGCAUUGUUGAAGACUAUAGAAUAUAUAAAAGAUUGGACAAAAAUUAUGAAUACGGAUGAAAUAAAGGUUGAACCAUCUUUAUUAAAUUUUGCCGUUACGGAUGGCUCAACUGUCGUUGUUUCACGAUAUAUUACAUCAAAAGUUGAUGAAGCAGCUUCCUUACAUUUCAGUUGUGGAUCAAGUUUCGUAGAGGUUUCCCCUGGAGAAUACAGGAUGGAAAGGUUAGAUAGAAAUCAAGAUGUUAUUAUGGUUGCCUCUGAGCCAUUAACUUUUGAGAGAGGCGAUUGGACUGCAGUGCCUACAAAUAGUACAUUGACAAUUAAAAAACAAACAAUUUUACUGCACCCAAUCAUUGAUGAGUAUUAUCAAGAGGAUCCUCAAUAUAUCAGAAACGCUACUCUUGCAGAAAGUAAAGGUCUUAUGGGAUCAAUUCCACUCUCAAAAAGUGUCGAGAAGAAUGUCCCUCCAUUGGAAAGAGAAGGCCGUUCAAGACCAUUAUCGACAAAUAUUCGCCUAGCAUGA